AUGACUCACAGUGAAAAAGUGGGAGAGAAUGAUGAAGAUAUUAUCAGAGAGCUGUGUGUGUCUAACGACGUGUCCUAUGAGAACAUUAGUGAGGACGGGAGUCGUGUAAAGACUCUGGAGGUGUUCUUCACAGGGUUUCCCCGCAUGGUGGGACUCUUUCUGUUCCCCCGGCUGGUUACUCUCACCAUCGUGGGGCAGAAUGUUCACAAAAUCCAGGGACUGGAUGACUGCCCGCUGCUCCAGCAGCUCUGGGUGGCAGAGUGUCAGCUCACUGAGAUUUCAGGUCUGCAGAAGUGUGUGCAUCUGCAGAAACUCUUCCUCUAUGACAAUAAGAUCAGUGAGAUAAGUGAACUGGAGUCUCUGAUAAGACUGAGCAUCCUCUGGCUCAACAACAACCUCAUCACCGAGAUCAAAGGUUUGAGCACACUGAAGAACCUGACAGAACUCAAUCUAUCUGAUAAUCUCAUUACAACUAUAGGAAAAAGUCUAGAGCAAAACAAGCAUCUCCAACGUCUCAAUCUGUCAGGGAACAAGAUCAGCUCUUUUAAGGAGCUGACCCAUCUGGCGUGUCUGACUAAGCUGAGAGAACUUGGACUGAAUGACCCACAAUCAAGUCCGAACCCUGUGUGUGUGCUGUGUAAUUACUUCACGUAUGUGUUAUACCACAUCCCAACACUACACACACUCGAUUCAUACGACGUGUCUGCAAAAAACAUCAAAGAUGCUGUUGAGUCCACAGUGAUGAAGAAGAAGAUGUACUAUCACCUACGUGUGCGCUUUGUUCAGAGACAGCUCGAUCAGAUGAAGCAGACACUGCAGCAACAGAUGAAGAAGCUACAGCAACUGCCGAAGGACAGAAUACACACACUCACCAAUACACUCAAACAUUUGGAGUGUGAGUCUGAGGCUGCAGGGAGGAAGUUGGAAGGUUUGCGAAAGGAAGUGACACCAGCAGAGUCAGAUGAAGACAUGACCUCUGACAUUUCUGAAUACAAACAGAGCCUGGAGACGAAACUGGAGGCAAUCAGAGAACGGAUUAAAAUUUGGGAACAGAAAUUAGAGGAGGUGGAGGUACGUUUCCAGCAAGAUGCUGCCAUGGCAUCAGACAGGAAGGACAUGUCAAUUCACUUCCUGGUGAUGGAACUUGAGACGAUGGGAAACAUUUGCUUUGAGGAAGGAAACACCAGCCAUGCCUGGUUUAAGCCAUGUUACGACCUGCUGCUCUCUCGGUUCUGUGUUUGGGACUACAAAGCGUACAACAUCACUGGCAUCAAGAUCAACAGAAUCAUGCGUGUGCAAAACCGUAUGCUGAGUCUGCGCUUUGAGGACAAACUGCAUGCUUUGUUGGCAAAUAAUGAGUCCUCGCUUCUCUCACAGAACUACAAAAGCCAUCUGGAGUAUCUGUUUUAUGUGUUCGAUCCUGAGCGAAGCACAGAGGAACUCCAACAAACCAAUGAAAUCCUGAACAUUCUGGAGUACGGAUUUAAAUCAGCUGACAGUUAUAAGGCCAUGGGUAGAGACUGUGCUGUGCCUCUUUCUAACAGUGUCAGCACAUGUGAGGAGCUGCGUAUAAGAUUUGUUCAGAGCAAAGCCACCAGUCAGGAAACCGAAAGCACAGAGAACCCUCUGCCCUUCAAACAGGGUCAGCUGAUUAUGUCUAAAGCAUUCCUGGGUCACAGCGUGCCACUGAGAGCUGGAGUGCCGCUGGAUGCAGUGUUUUAUCUCAACGCUCACUCAGUGUACCAAAAAGCAAGUGCGAAGCAACACACCACCAAUCAGGACAACAAAGGAAGUCUGUGUUCCUUUGAGCUGGAGGGAUGCUGUCACUGCACGAAGAGACAAACUUGGUGGUACGUUUUCGACCACGAACUCGUUCUGCCUGAGUAUCUCAUCGACUUUGAGUAUAUCACACAGGAGGGAUCCCAGUCAUCCUGCUUGCAUACCCCAGGCUCUCUCAAUGCCCCUGUUGCCCCUGAUGAUGUCAUACCAGUGUCUAAUGAUGAGCAGGUCUUGGACGAGCAGGUUUUGUCUCUUGAACCCGUCCCAAAGCCACAACCCAAACUGCUUAUCCUGGAUGAGAGAAGUGUUCUGACAGCGGCUCAAGCAAAUGUCCUCAGCCAAAUCACUGUGCUGAAUCUUCAUGGGAACAGUCUGAGUAGGAUGAAGGAGAUUUCCUGCCUGACGGCGCUGCGGCAGCUGACCAUCAGUUUUAAUGCUCUCACACACCUGGACGAUGUUUCAUACCUGCCUAAUCUGGAGUGUGUGGAUGCCAGUUUUAACCAGAUCAUAACUUUGGAAGGCGUUCGAGGACUUCCCCGUCUCAAAGAGCUAGAUCUGCGCUGGAACCAGCUAAGCCGACUCCGAGAGGACACGGGUGUCAUGCGCAAACACACACCUUCUCUGCAGCGCCUCGAUACCAGACACAACCCAUGGAUUCAGGGUGAGUCUGUGCGGAUGGUGGUGUUGGGCCAGUUGAAGACUCUCACACACUUGGAUGGAGUGUUAGUGACAGAGGAGGAGGUGGCAGCCACUACACACAAAAACUCCACUUCCAAGAUCAACUUGAUGCUGCUGCUCUCUCACUCCCGUACUGAUGCUGAUCGUCCACGCUGCCUGAGCCUCCUCACUGUGGCCCAACUUCUCACACACCUCAAACCAUCGCCAUGGAAACCCACCACUGACCUCGAACCUGGGUGGAGUGCCAAGAUUACAGCAGUGAAUCUGGAUGGUCAGCGUCUGUCCCACAUCAAUAAUCUGGAACAGUUGGUGAAUCUGCGCUGGGCCUCAUUUAAUAACAACCAGCUCACAAACAUCGAGGGGCUGCAGCACUGCCCCUUACUGGAAGAGCUGUCACUGAACCACAACUACAUCUGUACAUUAGAGGGUGUGUCUCAGCUCCAACGGCUGACACGACUCAGCAUUAACAGUAAUCAGCUGCGGUGUUUGGAUGCCUGUGUCUUGGACUGCCUGACGAAUCUUCACUUCCUGUCUGCUGAAGACAACUACAUUUCUUCCCUACAGGGGGUUCAAAGGUCACAUUUCCUGUUUGAGCUUUAUGUCAGCAACAACAACAUCAGCACAUCGCGAGACAUCUACCACCUAAAGACUCUGAGUAACCUGAUCAUUCUGGAUUUGUAUGGCAACCCAUUAACAAAGAUGCUGGACAAUUAUCGAGCUUAUGUCAUCUUUCACCUGCCGUCUCUGAAAGCACUGGAUGGGACUGCUGUGGAGGUGUCAGAGUGUGAGAAUGCAAAGGACCUGUUUGGAGGCAGGCUAACAGCAGACAUGUUGACUGAGAAACUUGGUCAGUGUAACUACAGAGAGAUGGAGGAGCUGGAGCUCCCGGGAUGCUCUUUCAGGAUGGUGGAUUUGGCUCCUACUGAGCUCUUUAUGAAUUUACACAGUGUGAAUCUAGAGCGGAACAACCUCACCUCCUUCAGUGGCCUCAUUUACCUACCCAACAUCAAGGUGUUGUAUCUGAACUACAACCACAUCGAGUCGAUUUUGCCGCUUCAGAAAUCACACACUCACCUGAGCCUCAGACAGCAGCUCUAUCAGAAAGUUCAGUCCAGUGGCUAUGGACAACAGAACAUCAAGAAUAGCAGUAGGGAGUGCGUGAGUGUGGAAAGUUUGGAACCUCUCAUGUGCAGCUUGGAGGUUCUUCAUCUCGGCUAUAACGGCAUCUCAAACCUGAGAGAUGUGCAGCUGAGUCGCCUGAUUGGUCUGAGAGCUCUGUUCCUGCAGGGUAAUGAGAUAGUGCAGGUGGAGGGUUUGGAGGGUCUGAGUCUCCUGCGUGAGUUGGUGUUGGAUCAGAACCGAGUGAAAAUGCUGAGUGAGAAAUGGUUCAGCUCACAUACACACCUGAUUGACCUCAGCCUAAAUGAUAACCGCCUGCGUAGCCUCACACACCUGCAGCUCACACGCCUGCAACGUCUGCACCUCAACAACAACAAGCUGCAGGAUAUCACUGAGUUGGAUAAACUGGAGGGUCUUCCGUCACUUAUAGAACUGUCUGUGGUGGACAAUCCGGUGGCACGGCGCUCCCUCCACAGGCCGUUUGUGAUUCUGCGUCUCCCUCAGCUGCAGAUUCUCGAUGGCAUCAUGGUCACACUGGAGGAACGAGCAGAGUUACCGUGUACUGAGGACACACACCCCUAUGUGGAUGUGGAGUUUCCUGUUGUAAUGUGUCGUUGCCCAUCUGCCCGAAACUCCACUCUGGGUGUCAGCACACAUCACAUGCUGGUUCACGAGAGCUUCAUCAGCACCCAUGCUGAGGAUGCACACUGUAAACAACACAGCACUCACAGUAACACAAUCAGAAGAGUGCUGAGUCCCACGGGAACGCUGCACCAUGACCAGCGAGUGUAUACAAUACACACAGAAUCUGAGAGCAGACAGGCAGAAUUUAUUGCAUCAGAGUCUCAUCUCAUCUGGAAUCCAAACCUCCAUCUGUGUCCUUGCAUCUACUCAAGGCCCGACCCAAGCCCCCACUUGACCCAAGAAUCUGGUGCCACGUUCACCCAGAGCCAGAGCAGAGUGCCAAUGGCACAGCAUCCAGCACCAGGCCUUUCAUCCCUGGGGUCAUCGAAGAUGACCUUAGCUCCUGGGGGGAGCUCUUUGGGGGGUUCUGUCACUUCUGCUUGCACUGACACGUGCAACAGAUUUGCACUCGUGCGCUCUGUACAGUGUGUGCCUUUAGCGACGGACACCUACCUCGGAUUAAGGCAUAAUCAACCACACACAUAUAAGGAUGCUGCACACAAGACUUUGCGAAGUAUUGCGUUGCUAGGCACCAUUACCGAGCCUUGUUAUAGUGUUGUCCUUCUGCUUUCCUGAUUCUAGUUCUGUGUUCCGAUUCUGAUCUUGUCUAGCCCUAUUUAGCCUGUUUGUGCCUCACCCAGUGUUGCCAGAUUGGGCAGUUUCCCGCCCAAUUGGGCGGUUUUAAGUUAAUUUUGGCAGGUUUUGAACAUAUUUUGGGGUGGAAAACGUCAGCAGUAUCUGGCAACACUGGCCUCACCUGACCCUUUGCCUGUUCCUUGAUAUUAAUUCAGCUUGCUGUUUUGGACUG